AUGGCUUCGAAUACCCCAGACGAUGCUUCCUCCCAGCAUCACUCAAUUUUAUAUUGCCCUUCAUGCGGGGCCUCUGCUUCCUUAUCCAUAGUGCCCUCCCGAAACGCGGGUCUCUUCUGUGAUAUCUGCACAUCUACAAAUCUUCUGGUAUCCACAAACGACGGUGCAGACUGGAACCCGCUGUCCGACGCAUUCAAUGCAUUAACUCUUUCCCCAUCCAACCAAUUACAACAUCAUCAACAUCAUGACCCCUCUGAGCUUCCUCAGGUAAUCCAACAUCCAGUCGAACAUUUACAAAUCCAAUCACCAACCCCUACAAUCCAAGAUGAAAUGAAACGUCGUUCGUUGAUAUUAUCCGAACUCAUCAAUUUCCGUGAAGCUCUCUACCAACACCACAAUGGCCCCCCCGAAGAUGGUGGUUGCGCUCACGCCGAUGGAGAACAAAUGCAAGAGGCAGGAGAAGGAUCUGGUCCAAACACUAAUAUCGUGAUGGAAGAUAAUAUGGAAUUACACCAACAAGCCGACCACAUCUCAAAUAUUGCAAGAACAUAUAACGAUCUCCUCCAUCUACGCCACCAGAGCGGGAUGUUCUUGAUGGAUGAGGUGGAUACUAUGGACCUCGCCGGUGCAGGUGGUGAUGGUGAUGGUAUGUAUAUGCAUCAUAACAACAUCUAUCAAAACGGGAUAUACCCCCACCAACCUGAAGAAGAAGGAAUAUACGACGACCCACCUCAGGAAUAUGUGAAUGCCCACCCGCCGGUUCAAGAAACCGAUCAAAUGUGGUAUGGCAGUCACCCUACUGUACCGCAAGCACAAGUAAAAAAUGAUAAUAAUAAGGAGGAGGAGCUCUUGCCACACCCGCAACCCCUAGAAAACACAAAUAAUUCGGUUCUGAAAGAAGGAGACGACGAUGAUGAGGAUGACGAAGAAGGGCAGGUCUACGCCACCCCGGAGCAGAGGGAGGAAAUGAAAAGAAGGAGGUCGGAGUUACACCAAGAUAAAGAAUUAAAAGCCCGGGAGAUGUUUUGGCGCAAGUAUGGAAUCGGAAGUCUAGGCGCGGGGAAUUGA